UCAAAAAAAAAUAUAACUUAGUGAUUACUCAAUAAUUUUCCCACCUCUCUCCCCGUCGUGGACUCACCGACGCAACAUCGCCGCCGUCCACCUCCAUCAUCGAACGCAAAGCCGUUGCACUUCUCUAUAGGAAGAUUAGAACAAAGCACCUGCCAAAGAAAGUUGGCAGAGAAAAUCACAUACUGUAAAAAUAUUCUCGAGCAAACUUCAAAGAAAUGAAACAGGUUUGUGUUCUCAGUAUAAGGUGGAGUGGUUGGAAAAUGGCCCCCCAGAGAAUUAUCGUGAUAUAACCGAAGAAAAUGAUGUUAUUCUAAUGGAUGGCUGAGAUUUGUGACCUGCUUCAAGGAAAACUGAUCUGGGUCUGUUCCUUUAUGUGAAACUUGUUUGUCUAUAACCUUCAACUGAAUUAUGGCUGUGAUUUAUUGUCCGAAACCCCGUCAACAAGUUGUGACUUCUUUGACUGUGUAUCAUGCAAAACGCAAAUAAGCUUAUUUAUAUGCUUGAGGUGACAGUACUGUACUGAUAAGAGAAAUAUGUCUCCUUCCCAUGAAGCUCUGAUUUUGAUUCAGAAGAUGGUGAAACUUCCUCCAGAAAAAGCUUUCUCAUUCUUCAUUCCCUCAACAUGUCAAGGCCUUCAACACACCUCUCAAUCCGUAUCGUUCAUCUUAAACCGUCUCCUCUCCUCUGGCCUGCAAUCUCAGGCUCAAUCUGUACUUGUCCGCGUAAUCUCAGGUCAAGUCACUUCGUCUAUGUUCUCCCAUUCUUCACUUAUGGAAGAACUAACACAAACGCAUUUCACCUCUAGUUCAACCUGUUCUCUUCUCUAUGAAGCAAUUGUUAAUGCUUAUGUUCAUUCUCAAUCACCAGAUGAAGCCCUUUAUUUCUUACAUGAGAUGAUUCAUAAGGGCCAUGCUCCUAUAUCAAACACAUUCAAUAAUCUUUUGAACUUACUUAUUAGAUCAAAUAGUUUUUGCAGAGCAUGGUUAGUUUUCGACGAGUUAAAGAACAAGGUUGUUCUUGAUGUUUACAGUUUUGGGAUCAUGAUCAAGGGUUGUUGUGAAGCCGGUGACUUGAUGAAAAGUUUUCAGCUUCUGGGUAUGAUGGAAAAGACUGGUUUGUCUCCUAAUGUUGUAAUAUACACUACAUUGAUCGAUGGUUGUUGCAAGAAUGGUGAUGUUCAUUUGGCAAAGAAGUUGUUUUGCAAAAUGAAAGGAUUGGAUCUAGUCGCCAAUCAGCACACUUACAGCGUAUUAAUAAACGGGUUUUUCAAACAAGGCCUUCAAAAGGAAGGAUUUCAAAUGUACGAAAGCAUGAAACUAAGCGGAAUUGUGCCUAAUGUUUAUACUUACAGCUCUGUGAUUGGUGAAUAUUGCAACGACGGGAGCAUAGAUAAAGCUUUUAACGUGUUUGAUGAAAUGCGCGAAAAAGAUAUAGCAUGUAGCAUCAUGACAUACAACCUUUUAAUAAAUGGGCUGUGUCGAAUGAAGAAGCUUGGAGAAGCAGUGAAGUUGUUUUAUCGUGUAAACCGUGUUGGCCUAAGGCCUAAUAUAUUUACAUAUAACACAUUGAUCAAAGGGUAUUGUGACGCGGAAAAGAUCGAUACUGCCGUUAGAUUAUAUAACGAAUUGAAGUCAAACGGACUAUCGCCGACAGUCGUGACAUAUAAUACUCUGAUUGCUGGAUAUUCCAAAGUCGGAAAUUUAGCAGGAGCUCUAAACUUGGUCAAGGAAAUGGAAGAGAGAAACAUUGCUCCUACCAAAGUGACAUAUACAAUUCUACUCAAUGGAUUUGUAAGAAUAAAUUAUAUGGAAAAAGCAUUUGAAAUACAUUCUUUAAUGGAGAAAUCUGGUUUGGUUUCAGAUGUAUACACAUAUGGUGUAUUAAUACAUGGGUUAUGUAUGAAUGGUAGCAUGAAAGAAGCAUCUAAACUCUUUAAAUCAUUGGAUGAGUUAAACAUGGAACCUAAUAGUGUCAUAUAUGAUACAUUGAUUCAUGGUUAUUGCAAAGAAGGAAACUGUUAUAGGGCUCUUAGGUUACUCAAUGAAAUGAUUGGUAAAGGAAUGGUUCCAAAUGUGGCAAGUUUUUGUUCAACCAUAGGACUUCUUUGCAAGGAUGAAAAAUUGAAGGAAGCUGAGGUUGUUUUGCAACAUAUGGUAAAUUUGGGAUUAAAGCCAUCUGUAUCAUUGUACAAUAUGGUUCACAAAGAUAAAAGUGAAGUUUUGGAUGUUGAUCUUGAAAGUGUAAUAUAAUUUGUAAUUCAUAAUUUUACUCUGUUUGAUUCUAUUUUAUUUGUCAAUCACCAUGAUAUGAAGAAAAUGUAUAUAAUCCUAGUUGCAAAA